AUGGAACCAGAGAACGCUUGGAAGAGCAUUCCGUUAACAGAGCAUCCGGCAACGCUACCGAAAGUCAACAUACCAGAUUCGACUGACUGUACCGAAGUUGCAAAGAGUACUUUGCAGCAGCUCUAUAAACCCAACAUUCGCAGCCUUGCCGACAAUGCCAUUUGGCGUGAUUCGUUCGCAUUCAGCGGCACGUUCCGGACGUUCUUUGGGCCCGACAAAAUACUGCAGACAUGGCAAGACUUGACCAAGCAGUCCAUGCCGAAUGAAUUUCAGAUUGACGAUGGAUCUCCAUUCAUCAUGCGGCUUGGACCCGAGAUGUCCUGGAUCCAGGCAACAUUUUCAUUCCAUAUCCAUGGGGCGCGGCCAAGCAGAUGCUCUGGCACAAUCGGUAUCUCGCCUGCAAACGCCUCAACGAACUCCGACUGGCGAAUCUGGCUGCUAUGUACUGUCUUGGAACAGCCUGAAGGUUUUCCGGAUGUCGAUCGACUUGAAACAGCACCGAAAGAGGUCCCGAACAGCAAUGUGUCAGACAGCGCAAUCUGCCAAUAUGCCAUGAAUGGGUCUCAUUCAAUCACAGCAGAGGACAGCAAAUCUCUGUCACUGGAUUGUCUUGUGGUAGGCGCUGGAAUCGGCGGACUCUGUAUGGCGGCACGACUGAAAGCUUUGGGUCUCUCAUACAUUGUAGUCGAAAAGCACGAAGAGAUCGGCGACGUUUGGACCAAGGAUCGCUACGACUCUGUCAGGCUCCAUACUUCCAAACACUAUAACCAGAUGCCAGGGACGCCACCAACUUUUGGGAAGGACGACCCGUAUCUUCUCACUGGGCAGCAGCUUUCAGAUGGCUUCAAACGGUUUGCUGAGAUGUUUGGUGUCAACACCAACGUCAUGACCUCGACAUGCCUUGAGAAAGCCGAAUACAAUGAGCGCGAAAGGGUAUGGAGUGCACAGCUCAAAAGACAAGGGCAGGCCCUACGAAUCAGGUCCAAGCACAUCGUACUCGCUAUUGGCGACAUGGGUCACAAGCCGAACGUUCCCAUGUACGAGGAUCAUGAUACUUACAAAGGCGACAUCAUUCAUGCACGAGCCUGGAAGAACGCAACGCCAUGGAAAGGCAAGCGCGGCGUGGUCAUUGGCUCCGCAAACUCCGCUCACGAUGUUAUCUCAGACAUGGACAAGAGUGACUUCGAGUCCAUCACUCUGAUACAGAGGUCCAGAGCGUUCGUCCUUCCUGGAUCAACGUUCUCUGCCCUUGUAGACCCGGUGUACAACGAGAACACUCUAACCGAUGUCAGCGAUCGCAUACUGCUGAGCCUGCCAUUGUCAAUUCAGCGCCUCGAAGCAAUGGCUGGCAUUCGUGCCAUGGCUGACCUCAACCCCACCAAGUUUGACCAGAUGGAAGCCAACGGAUUCAAAACAAGGCGAUACGGUGAUCUUUGGGGUCAAAUAUACGAGUCGCAAGGCAAGCAUUUCUUCGACAUCGGCGCUGGGGAUCUGAUAGCCAAUGGGAGAGUCAAGGUUCGCAGUGAUGCACUUCCUGUGGCGUACACGGAGUCUGGACUGUUGCUCGAUGAUGGCACCCGAAUCGAUGCGGAUGUGGUUGUCUUUGCGACUGGAUACACCAGCAACUUCAGGUCGACAACACAUGAGAUCUUCGGACCUGAAGUGUCUCGCCACUUGCGUCCGUUCUGGGGAUUGGAUGCUGAAGGUGAAGUGUUGGGAGCUUGGAGACAGACAGGGCAUCACGGCAUCUGGUACACUGGCCAUGGCUUUGCACAUGCUCGAUACUAUUCGAGAUUUGUGGCUAUACAGAUCAAAGCUGACAUUCUCGGGCAACCUUUCGAGGCCUAUGAGACGCAGUAA